GGGACGCGGAACUGGAGCGGUGGCAUCAUGCAGGUCUCUCCCCAGGACUACCAGAACGUGCCCAUCGACAUCCAGACCGGGAAGCUGCUGGACUGGCUGGUGGACAGGAGGCACUGCAACCUGAAAUGGCAGAGCCAGGUCCUGGCCAUCCGCGAGAAGAUCAACGCGGCCAUCCAGGACAUGCCGGAGAACCAGGAGAUAAAGCAGCUCCUGGAUGGGGCCUACCUGCACUACUUCCACUGCCUGCGCAUCGUGGAGAUCCUCAAGGGCACUGAGGCUUCCACCAAGAACCUCUUUGGGCGCUACUCGUCGCAGCGCAUGAAGGACUGGCAGGAGAUCGUGUCCCUCUAUGAGAAGGAGAACACCUACCUGGCCGAGCUCGCCAGCCUCCUGGUGCGCAGCAUCAGCUACGAGAUCCCGUCGCUGCGGAAGCAGAUCAGCCGGUGCCAGCAGGCGCAGCAGGACUUUGUGCGCCGCGAGGAGGAAUGCCAGCUGGGAGCAGCGGAGCUGCGGGAGCGCUUCUGCUCCUCCUGCAAGCAGUACGGCAUCACCGGUGACAACGUGCGCCAGGAGCUGCUGGCCUUGGUGAAGGACCUGCCAUCGCUGCUGUCUGAGGUCGGGGCCGGAGCCAGCGCCCUCGCUGAGGCCAUCGAGCUCUACCAGGCCUGUGUGGAGUUCGUGUGCGAGAGCCCUGCAGAGGUGGUGCUGCCCCUGCUGCGGUUCGUGGGGAGCAGAGGCAACACCACCGUGUACGAGUGGAGGACGGGGCUGCGGCCGCUGCGCGUGGAGCGGCCGGAGCUGCAGGAGGAGCCGGAGCAGCCCAAGGAGGACUCGAUCGACUGGGGAGACUUCACGCUGGAGCCGGCUGCGGUGGGUGAUGGUGCCGCUGGCAAUGGGGGAGCCCAGAGCGAGGGGAUCGACUGGGGGAUCACCGUAGAGCCCGGUCCUCAGCAGGAUGAUGGCAUUGACUGGGGAGAUGGGGAGAGCCAGGAGGUGCAGAUCACGGGGCUGGAGGCUGGCACCGAGGUGCCCGAGGGAGUUGCCUGCGGCUCCGAUGCCCUGACGCUGCUGGAACACACUGAGACCCGGAGCCAGUUCAUUGAUGAGCUCAUGGAGCUGGAGCUGUUCCUGUCCCAGCGCCUGGAGGAGAUGGAGGAAGAGGCCGACAUCGUGGCCAUGACCCAGUUCCAACUGGCCCCCGCUGUGCUCCAAGGCCAAACCAGCGCCCAUGUGAGCUUGCUGCUGGCCACCACGCGGGCUCUGCUGGGCCAGCUCUGCACCCGCAGCAUGCAGCACCUCUUCAUGAUCCUCGCCUCGCCCAGGUACGUGGACCGUGUCAGUGAGCUGCUGCGGCAGAAGCUGAAGCAGGCGGAGCUGCUGCUGGCCAAGAAGGAGCUGAUGGGCCAGAAGAGGCGGGAGGCACUGGCGGAGCAGGGGGCACUGGAGCCCAAGCUGGACCAGCUGAUGGAGAGGACCAAGGAGCUGCAGAAGCUGAUCGAAGCCGACGUCUCCAAGCGCUACAAUGGGCGCCCAGUGAACCUCAUGGGCAUCUCCCUGUGAGAGAGGGGCAGAGGGGGUCCUGCUCCCCAAACUGCCCCCCCUCCAGUCACAGCCUUGGGAUGCUGGUAAUGCGUCUAUGGCCUCAUUGAGGAGGUGAAUGUUGUUGAAUAAAGCCAAAACCCUUUUCCCA